CAUUCCUUCUUCAAUUAUUUUCAAACUGAAUCAACAAAUCCUUCACCAACCACCACCCCACCAUCACACACACACACAGUCCUCACCUCAAAUCUCACACAUUCUUUCUGCAAUUCCUUCACAAAACAACCAAAUCCUAUUCACAUUCUUGCAUUUGAGCUCAAUGCUUUCAAAAAGACUCCAUUUUUACUGAGCUUCUUCCAUAAAAAAGAUUAAAUUUUUUGCUAAGAUGCAAAGCUUAAAGAAGAAUGCUCUUUUCAACCUCUUCUACAUCUCCACACUCUUUAUUCAUCUCUCAUCUUCACUCAACACAGAUGGGCUCUCCCUCUUAGCUCUAAAAUCCGCCAUUGCCGAAGACCCAAACCGAGCUCUAAUCUCAUGGUCGGAGCUCGACGCAACCCCGUGCAGGUGGGCCGGGAUCGUCUGCGACCGCGGCCGCGUCAUCUCCGUUUCCCUCCCGGGAAAGAAUCUGACGGGAUACAUUCCAUCGGAGAUCGGCGCGCUCUCAUUUCUCGCAUUUCUUGAUCUCUCCCACAACUUCUUCAGUGGGCCCUUGCCGCAGCAGAUCGCCGCCCUCCAGAGCCUCGUCCAUUUCGAUAUCUCCUCCAACAAUUUCAACGGCUCGCUUCUUCAAGGGCUGAGCAAUUUGACCCGUUUGCAGGGGACUUUGAAUCUCUCGUAUAAUUCGUUUUCCGGCGAGAUUCCGGCGAGUUUUGGGCGGUUUCCGGUGAUGGUCAGCCUUGACCUCCGGUGUAAUAACCUCAGUGGGAAAAUACCGGAGGUGGGGUCGCUGUUGAACCAGGGCCCCACCGCGUUUUCCGGGAAUCUUUUUUUAUGUGGGUUUCCAUUGAGCACUCCGUGCACGGUGCCGGAGGCUAAAGAUCCGAUUUUUUUUGAUAAUCCUCAGAAACCGGGGGGAAAUGGAGGUGGUGGGGUGGUGGAGGGGAGAAAGAUCAAUGGGAAAUCGGUGGCUGUUUCGGUUAUUUGCGGAGUUUCUGUGGUGGUUGGAGUGGUGGCUGUUACAGUGUGGGUGAUUAGGAAGAGGUGGAAUGUGGUGGAGGAGAAAUUGGGGAAGAGGGAGAAUGUGGAAUUGGGGGGCGAGGAGGAGGGGAAGAAGGGGAAAUUUGUUGUGAUGGAUCAAGGGUUUGGGUUGGAAUUGGAGGAUUUGUUGAGGGCUUCAGCUUAUGUUCUUGGGAAAAGUAGGAGUGGGAUAGUUUAUAGGGUGGUGGCCGGUGGGCGGAAGGGGGUGGCUGCUGCUGCUCCGGUGGUGGUGGCAGUGAGGCGACUGAGCGAGGGGGACGUUGCGUGGAGGUUGAAGGAGUUCGAGGCGGAGGUGGAGGCCAUUGGGAAAGUGAGGCACCCCAAUGUUGUGAGGCUGAGGGCUUACUACUAUGCGAGUGAUGAGAAGUUGCUCAUCUCAGAUUUCAUCAGCAAUGGGAGCUUGUACAAUGCAUUACAUGGCGCAGUGGGGAAUACGAGACCUCCUCUGUCAUGGGCUGCAAGGCUCAGAAUCAUCCAAGAAACUGCAAGGGGUUUGAUGCACAUUCAUGAGUGCAGCCCGAGAAAGUACGUCCACGGAAGCCUCAAAUCAUCGAAGAUCCUCCUCGAUGACGACCUAAAGCCGUGCAUCUCCGGUUUCGGCCUGUCCCGUUUCAUCCCAACCGCCACGAAAUCGGCGAGUGCUCCUUCCAAUUCCAAGAAGCCUAGUCUGCCAAACAUCAUGUGUGUGGCUCCGGAAGCUCGGGGCCCAGGUGCCAAAGUCAACCAAAAGGGCGACGUCUAUGCGUUUGGGAUCUUGGUCAUGGAGAUCCUGACGGGGCGGGCCCCUGACAACGACGGGGAGGAAGGGCUCGAGAGCUUGGUGAGGAGGGUUUUUCGGGAGGAGAGGCCGUUGUCGGAGAUCAUAGACCCCGCGCUCUUGCACGAGGCUCGUGCCAAGAAACAGGUCGUUGCUACGUUUCAUGUUUCGCUGAACUGUACGGAGCGUGAUCCAGAGCUCCGGCCGAAGAUGAGGGCGGUUUCGGACAGCCUAGAUCGAAUCAAGUUGCAGUGAUGUAGUAGUAAAGAUAUAUAUGUUCGUCUUUGUAGGAUCCGUGAUUAAUUUCUAAUGUUGCAUUGUUAUGAUAUAUAUUUUCCCCAA